CCGGUGAAGUGUAAACCUCUAAAAAAACGGACAAAUAACCUGCCAGAAGUGCCAUGUCCUGUGUGGUCAGUGUUCCUGAAGGCCUGGCAUUGCACGUGGGGUGAGGAGGGAGGCGUGCCAAAGUCGAAAUAGGGAGGAAAAUGCGAUCGGGGGACGUGGCGGUGCUCAAGCUGGGAUCGUCACUGUCACUCCAGGGAUGUACGUUCCCUAAACACCGGUCUGCAUAGGUCUUCCCCUGAGCCCGUGACACCCACAUGCCUGCAGGAGUGAGGGACGGGGUAAGCGUGGCCAAGGUGACAGUGUGUGUGACAGGAGCAGCCAUCACCCAUGUAAGACAAUAAAGAAACUGACUGCAGCAGAACAGGCCAUCACCUAUAGCUGCCGCCCGUGUUCCUGGAGCCCGUGCCCAACGUGACGGUGGCGGUGGGGCGCGACGCCUCCCUCACCUGCUCCGUGGACAACCUGGGCCAGCACAAGGUGGCAUGGAUUCACCUGAACCGGAAGAUGAUCGUAAGCAUUCACAACCAUGUCAUCACGCGCCAGCCUCGCUUCACGGUCACGCACGACUCCCACAAGACCUGGACCCUACACGUGCGGCAGGUGACUCAAGAGGACCGCGGCCAGUACAUGUGCCAGGUGAACUCGGCGCCCAUGAUCAGCCAGCAAGGGUAUCUGCAGGUGGUGGUGCCGCCUAACAUCAUGGACAGCAACAGCAGCAAGAGUAACAUCGUGGUGCGCGAGAAGGACAACGUCACGCUAAGCUGUCACGCUGACGGCUUCCCGCUCCCGGUCAUUAAGUGGCGGCGGGAGGACGGGCGCGGUAUCCAGACUUCAGACGGGAGGAAAGUGCACCAGUUGGAUGGGGCCACGCUGGGGCUGCGGCAGGUGAGUAGGACACACAUGGGCGCCUACCUCUGCAUCGCCUCCAACGGGGUGCCGCCCUCCGUCAGUAAGCGCAUCACCCUGGACGUGGAGUUCGCGCCGCAGAUGCACGUGCCCAACCAGCUGGUGGGGGCGCCGCUGGGGACUGACGUGCAACUGGAAUGCUUCGUGGAGGCGCACCCACGGGCCAUCACCUACUGGGAGUACCGGGACGCCAUGGUGAUGAACACAACACGCAUCACCACCCAUACCCUGGAGGACCACUACAAGAUCCACAUGGUGCUGUCCAUCAGGGAUCUGCGGGAGGAGGACUUCGGCAUGUACAAGUGCAUCUCCAAGAACUCCAUUGCUGAGACGGACGGCUCCAUCACCCUCAACAAAACCUUCCGCCCCACAUCGCCGCCCACCAAAAUCUCCCGCCCAGGAGUGCUCGACGAGGAGUUCGGCUACAGGUCACGGCGGCCGGGCAGGAAGGAGGAGCGGCGGAACCAGGACGUGGAGGAUUCGACGCGGCGGCUGCAGGAGGAGGAGGAGGAGAAACGGCGGCGGGAGGAGAAGAGGAGAAUGUCGCAGGAGCUGGAAAGGAAGGAGCUGGAACAUGAGUUUAACAGAGGCCACCGGGGAGACAGCGGCCCUAGGGUCACUCAGUCUGCCGGGGUGAGCGGCGCGGAGGGCAACAGCUGGACCCUCGCCGCACCAGUGCACGUGCCCGCCGUCUGCACGUGCGUCCUUCUGCUUCUCCUUCGUCAGCAGCACCUUCUCUAACGCCUCUCACCACCACAAUCCCCACCACCACCACCACCACCACCACUACUACUCCCCUGCCACCGCCGCCACCACCCCGCCACUGUUGUUGCUUGUUCACCACUGCUAAAAAGAAUAACAAACAAAAAAGGACAAAAAAAAACAUAAAAGGAGGGAGGAGGACAGUUUCCAACACCUGUCCCUUCCUUCCUUCCUCACCGCGGACUGUUUCACAUUUACGGGUAGAAGAAUUUUUUCUCCCACGGGAAUAAACACAGUCCCUGAGGGCGCGCGCGCGCGCGCGUGUGUGUGUGUGUGUGUGUGUGUGUGUGUGUGUGUGUGUGUGUGUGUGUGUGUGUGUGUGUGUGUGUGUGUGUGUGUGUAAAUAUUACUUACGUAUCAGUCUUGUAUAUCUUAUCAUGUAAGGUCGUUGUGUCAGAUAUUAUUAUUAUGUGUAAAUAAAAAGGUAUUGUUUCAAACUUA